CGAAUUGCUACUUUAUUUGCCUGGUUCGGUUUUUGUUGGCUAACGGCUCUUACUACUCGAAUCCGCCAUGGAUAUACCUUUUAAGCCCUGCUCUCUCUGAUGAAAAUCUUGUUCUUCGAUCGAUUCUGUUGAAAUUUCAGGAAAAAUGGGAUCUUUGGUCCCAUAUUUGGACCUCAAUGUCCUUCCUGAUCGAUUAGUCAUUCCCAAAAUCGAGCCUAAAGAAGAGCCUCUCGACCACCAACCUUGCUUUCCAUGCCCUAAUCCUAAUUCCGACUAUAAUUCCUACUCGAACUAUGGUCCUGCUCAUGAGCCCAUCUCGAGCUCUGAUCCCAAUCCUCCCCAAGAAAUCUCUCCGGUUUCGGAGAUUACUACCGAAGAAAGCGAUUUGUAUUCGGAGUUCUUUAGGAUUUCUCAGCUCUUUCAGUCUGCUUUCGCGAGGAAAUAUGGAGAUGGGGCGGUUCUUGAUCCGAAUCCGCAGGCAAUUGUUCCUCAGCCAGAAGAGAGUCAGGAGACUAGGGUUUCUACGGCUAUUGUUAGACACAAUAAGAUGAGAACUCGGUCUUCGGAGAUGGUCAGGCUUACAACUAUGGGGAUUGAGGACCAGAGGUACUAUAGGGAUGUAGUGCGGAGGACGAGGAUGCUUUAUGAAUCCCUGCGGGCUUUUUUUAUGCAAGAAGAAGAAGAAAAGCUACAAGGUUCGGGCAAGAGAUGGAGGCCGGAUCUGAAAGCUGCGUCUUUGAUGAGGGAUCUUGGCCUUUGGUUGAACAGAGAAAAGAGGUUUGUGGGCUCAAUUCCCGGGGUUAACGUUGGGGAUGUGUUCUUUUAUCGGAUAGAAUUGUGUAUCCUUGGUUUGCAUGGACAUAUUCAGGCUGGGAUUGACUAUGUGCCGGCAAGCCAGAGCUCGAACAGGGAGCCGAUUGCGACGAGCAUUAUUGUGUCUGGUGGGUAUGAGGACGACGAGGAUGCUGGGGAGGAGAUAAUCUAUACCGGUCAUGGUGGGCAAGACAAGUUUGCGAAACAGUGUGUUCAUCAGAAGCUUGAAGGGGGGAAUCUUGCAUUAGAGCGGAGUAUGGCUUACGAAAUCGAAGUAAGGGUGAUUCGGGGGAUCAAAUGUGACAAAAGCGUCACUGGUAAGGUUUAUGUUUAUGAUGGCCUGUAUAGAGUUCUUAAUUCUUGGUUUGAUAUUGGUAAGUCUGGCUUUGGAGUUUACAAAUAUAAGCUUGUAAGAAUUCCUGGUCAACCCGAAAUGGGCAGCUCUAUAUUUAAGGUAGCUCAGAGUUUGAGGAAAGAUCCUGUAUCGGUCAGACCGUCUGGUUACUUGUCUCUUGAUAUCUCAAACGGCAAGGAGAAGUUGCCAGUUCUCCUUUAUAACGACAUUGAUUCUGAUCGGGAGCCAAUGUCGUUUGAGUACAUAGUGAAGCCUGUUUACCCACCUUUUGCAUUUCAACAAAUCCAUAAUGGUGGAUGUGAUUGUGUGUCUGGUUGUUCUGAGGGUUGUUAUUGUGCCCAGAGAAAUGGUGGUAAGUUUGCCUAUGAUCGCAAUGGAAUUCUCUUGAGAGGGAAGCCUCUGAUAAUUGAGUGUGGCAGCUCCUGCCGUUGCCCUCUGAGUUGCCGGAACCGUGUAAGUCAAAAAGGUCUACAGAAAAGAUUGGAAGUGUUUAGGUCAAGGGAAACAGGUUGGGGAGUUAGAUCGUUGGAUUUGAUCGUAGCCGGUACCUUUAUUUGUGAAUACACAGGAGUUGUGCUCACCAGGGAACAAACAACAAUAUUUGCAAUGAACGGUGAUUGUUUAAUCUAUCCAAAUCGGUUUCCUGAAAGAUGGGCUGAAUGGGGUGACUUAUCUCAAGUGUUCCCUGAUUUUGUACGUCCAACAUAUCCCUCUAUUCCUCCAUUGGAUUUUGCAAUGGAUGUAUCAGGAAUGAGGAAUGUUGCAUGCUAUUUCAGUCAUAGCUCAAGCCCUAAUGUGAUGGUGCAAUUUGUUCUAUAUGAUCACCAUAAUAUAUUUUAUCCUCAUCUUAUGCUUUUUGCACUUGAGAACAUCCCACCUAUGACGGAGCUCAGCCUGGAUUAUGGGGUGGCUGAUGAAUUGAUGGGGAAGCUUGCUAUUUGUAACUAGAUAGUCUGAAGUGGUGGCACAUUUUGAAUGCGGACAGCACAGUCUUUUGCGAGAUGAUGUUUCAAGCUGUUUGUUUGGAUCAACUGAACUUUCUUUCCUUGAUAGUAAGCAUCAUUUGGACAAUUUGGGAGGAGAGAAAUGCUGGAAUCUUUAAAGAGAAAGAGAGGAGGCAUUGAUUGAAUGUAUAACCAUCAGAGUUGCCCAGUGGCUAAGAUCUCAUUAGAAGUUCUUGGAUUACUUGGUGGAUGAUAUUUUGAGGAAGUGGCUAGUACCUCUUCAAAGAAAGCAAGAUUAUUAGACCCUAGUUGCCACCAAAUGCUGGAUUCCUAAAUUAAACUUUGAUGGGAGCAGUAGAGGCCAGAGGGAAUCUAGGUCCCUCGGGUAUUGAAGGCAUUUUCAGAAAUGAGCUAGGUCAUGUGGUGGCACUAUUCUCAGGACCGAUUGACAUUAGUGACUCUUUGAAGGCUGAAAUAAAAACAGUUAUUGAAGGAACUCAGAGAGUGAAGGAUAUGAAUGUACAGAAAUUGGUCAUUGAAGGAGAUUCACAGUUGGUGAUUAACUCUUCUAAAAAUGGGAAAUGAUCUUUGGGUGUACGAAAAUGAGCUAAAAAAGUUUAAAUGGUUAACCAGGGGUAUAGACAUAAAACUUCACUGGGUGCAAAGGUAGGCUAACAGCAUGGCUGACUCCUUAGCAAAGCAAGGGGUUGGGAGGGAUCAAAUGUUUUGGCUUGUAAUACUUUUUUUAUUUUUUUGGGUAAACCUACCUUGUAAUACUUUUUUAAUAUCUUAAUGAAAAUUUCCAGUUACUGAUAAAAAAACAUCAUUCACUUUUGUUGUGAAUAAUGGUUAUAGAGUGGCUGCUUUUCAUGAUUUGAUCAUAGACAAUUACAUGACAAAUUUAGUAUCAGCAGUUAUCAAAAGCUCAAGUUCCUCUAUAAAGGUGAUUGUAACCAUGUUCAUCUUGUUUCACAUUUUUUCCUGUUUAGUUGGUUUUUAAUCUUCCUCAGCUCCGAAGUUUCAUAAUAGUUAAUACUUUUUUUCUACUUCUGGUUUUCUGAUUGGUAGCAAUGACAAUUUAUUAAUUUAUGAUGAAAAAUGAGUGAUACAACUUAAGAAUGUCUAAGCCAUCCUCUUUGAUAGGCUUGCCCCAGCUCUUUGUCCACUGGAAUGUCUUCUAUAUUUCAUUUUAUAUAUACAAUCAAACUCCUUGGGAGACAAACCUCCAUUACAACUGGCUUCUACCUUCUUCUACUUCUGUUUUCAGUAUUUUAUGCUUUGGAUUUUCUUUGUCAGACAGUUGACUUUUAUGUCAUUAUGUUAAACUUGAAUAUUUUGUUCCAAAGAACUUUUCUUUCCAAGUUCCAGGUUGAGUUCUCAGGUCAAAGAGCUUUUGAUACUCUGGUCCAAUAUGCUCUGGUACAAAUUUGGAUUGAUACUCUUCCAAAAAAA